UCUAAGGGAUAACGAAACACGAGAAGACAUCACAUUAUGGUAAUUUGGCAUUCUACAAAUUCUCCUUUCAACACUGAUCAUGUCAAACUGCAUUCGGUUACUAAAACAUUUCUGAUAAUUUCUUUUUGAGAGUGCUAAAGCCUCAAAAGUUAGGCAUUUUCCCUACGCAAAAGUUUCGCAGUAGCUUCGGCAAUUUCCGAAUAUUACCGGUACUUUCCGAAGACAUCCGAAUAUGCGCCACUCGGCGGAAAACUGAAUUAUCAUAAAUGCAAAGACUACAAUUUCAGAAUUGUGUUGUGGUUUUACAAGUAUUUUUUGUUGAGCAUGGGGAGAAUUUUGUAAAGAAUGAAUGAAAAAUUACGAUGGAGGUGGAAACGUGGAAAUCUGAGCGUAAACUUAGAUAGCAACGUUCAGCAUAGGAAGAGCUCUACUGGCUAUUUAACGUGGAUUUCUUGUCACUGGUCGCUUUGAGGCGAAUCCUCACAAUUUCACGCAACACAGGUUUCUCCGACAACCUGCGUUUGAGAUGAGAAAAAUGGCUGGGUUUAGAUGUCCUGCUUCUCCUCCGCCUCCAGAUCUCUCCAAUCUAACGGAGGAAGAGAAAGAGAUCAUCCAGUCUGUGCUACAGCGACAGAAACAAAUGGAAGAAGAGACGACACAGCUGCAAUUAUCGCUCCAGAAAGAAGUGGAAAGCUAUCAACAUAGAGUUGAAAGGAAGACUGCUCAGUCGGAAACUGUGUCUAAGGCUGAAAAUGUCUGUGAAAUUUGCCAUAAGACAAAGUUUACGGACGGAACGGGAAGGGAAUGCAAGUAUUGUAAGCUUAAAGUCUGCGCCCGGUGUGGAGUGCAAGUCACAAUUCCUGGGACGAAACAGGCUUCGCAAGGCCAGGGUCUCUCUCUCUUCUCCAACUUGAUACAAGACUUCAAGACUCUUGCUCUCGGUCCUGAGGUGUCAUGGGUGUGUCUUGUGUGCCAAAAGAAACAAGAAAUGCUCACUAAGACUGGUAACUGGUUUGGAUCAAUAACUGCUAGUGAAAAAAAGCCAAACAAUGACUCUGACUUAAAAUUAGGUAGUGACUUUAGGGCAAUCCCAACAGAAGAGGACAAACGAGCUAUGAGGCGACAAGGUUCAUUGCAAAGAUCUGAUUCUGGUAGGGGAAGCUUAAGGAGAGCAAAAGGGAGAUCUGAAAAAGACUCUGAACGGAAUCGCUUUCGUAGGCCAUCAGUAUCUGAUGAGGAGGUUGAUUCUCGUCAUGAGACACCUCCUGGGAGUCCAACCUACUUGAGUGAUGAUGAGUUGUACAGACAAGAUGAAAAUAAAGUGAGACGGAAAGUUGUAAAAUUCAAGGGACAUGAUGAGCUAGAUCAUGCUCCCCAGGGUCGUCCUCCUGGAAUGAUGCCAAACAUGAAUAAACCUGGUCCUGUCAACCAAGGGCCGGGAAGAGGAGUUGUAGCACCUGGUCAGGUUCCCAAAGUAAGACCAGGACAACCUCAGCAGCAGGGACAAGGUAUUCGGCCAGGCAGUGCACCUGGGACAUCUCAGGGAAGGGGAAUGCAUGGUCCAGGGUCUCAGCCAGGAAUGCGCCCAAACUUUGCUCCUCAGCAGCAGGGUUCAAGUUUUACUCCAGUUGGACACCCAGGAACCCCUCCGUCCACCCGUGGGUCAUUACCUGCACCACAGCAACAAGGUCCCAGGGGAGCUGCUCUAAACCAACCCCGACCUGGUUUUGGGAUGAGGGGUCCUCCAGGGCAGCAACAACCAAGAUUUCAGACACCUUCACAACAAAAUGCAAUUGGAUAUGGAAGAGGUACACCUCCUGGUCAGAUGGAUGCAAAGCCUGGUUAUGGUAGGGGAGGACCACCUGUUUCCCAACCUGGUAACCAGCAAGUUCACAGACCAGGGGGGCCAACAACUGCACCUUUACCAAUGGACAACAGGCCAAGACAACCUGGAAGUUUUCCUCCAAAUCAUGUUGGUCCUCCUCAACUAGGACCAGGUAGCCCACGACCUGGUGACCGUAUUGGUCCUCAGCAAAGUCCAAGAACAGGUCCACCAUCAGGAAUGAUGCAGAUGGGCCCGAGGUUUGUUGGACAACCCCGCCCUGGCUUACCAUUGGACCAGCAAGGAGGCCAGUAUCAGCAUCCAGGCCAGUUAGGUUCACCAAGGCAAAACCAAGUUCCAGAUCAACCACUGGGACAGUCAGGGUCUCCUAGACAAGUAUUUCCUGGAGACCAACAACCUAGGAGUCAAAUUGGAGCACCCCGUGUAGGUCCUUCAGUUGACCAAGUAAGGGCUCCAAUGGGCUCACAAAGGUUAGGUUCCCCAAGGAACCAGAUGGGAGCACCUCACCAGGGUCCAUUUCCAGAUCAAGGAAGAGGACGUCUAGAUGCUUCAGCAGAUCACACAAGAGGGCAAAUGGGUCCAGCUUCACAAGAUCCAAGAGUGGAUCAAGGAAAAGCACCAUACGGUAUGCAACAACAGGGCCGUCCUUUAGACCAACCAAGAGGACAAUUUGGUCCUUCACAGCAAUCACCUGUGAUGGACCAAGGAAGUCCUCGAGUUGGUUCUGUUGAUAAAGGGUUAUUGUUAGAUCAGUCAGGAAGGCAGCAGAUGUCGGACACCAGAAAUGGAUAUAGUCAAGACACUCAUGGCACAGGCCCUCACAGGUCGUCAGAACAUAACGCUCCAGGCACACAACAGCGGGUCGAUGGCAGAAAUGGCCAGAUGCCGGAUGCUUCAAUGAUGAAUGGAAGGAUGGGCCCCUCAUUUCCCAGCAGACAAGAGAGACCUGAGCAAAGACCUGCUGGUGAUAGUGAUCAACAUAUCAUGAUGGGGCAGUCACAGAGACCACUGGACAGGCCAGCAUUCCAAGGAGGACAGUCUAGGUCUUAUAAUGAGGAUAAUGACGGCAGAAGAAGCCCUCCUAGAAGAAUGUCCUUUGAAGAAGCUCAAGACAAGACCUUUGUCAAGUGGUCUUCACCAGACGAGGACAACAAAUGCCUAGGAGAAGUGCUUCUCACAAUAGAACCCAAAUGCAGAGGGUCAUCUACUGAUCCUUACGCAGCUUAUGGUCUGAAGGUGGUGGGUGGAAAGAUGACUGAUGAUGGUAAACUAGGAGCCUUUAUUACUGAAAUUAGAAAAGGUGGCCCCGCGGACAGACAAGCACAGCUUCAAAUAGGCGAUGAAAUUCAGGACUGGAAUGAACAGUCCCUUGUUGACUGCACAUUUGAAGAAGUGAUGGAGAGCAUCAACUCAUCAAUGGAAGACAAUCAAGACAGUAAUGAACUCCAUCUUAUUGUGUGCAGAGAUAAGAGUAAAUUUCUAGGGAAGACCAACCAGUCACCAGUGAAAUCACCACGCGGACAGGAGGCCAAGAGAGAGUCUCCUAAACAGGUCCCCACGAGAGAGUCCCCUGUGAAAAGGGAUCGCAUGUCACCCUCCACUGCGCCCAUGUCACAUCAACAGGACAGAAGACCGCUGGACAGAAGGGACGAGGGCACAGCAACACUAACACAAAGAGACAGUGUCACAGCAACACCAGCACAGAGGGAGAAUGGCCCUAUGAUGAGUGGGAGAAAUCAGCCUUCAUCAUAUGAACCAACAGAUGACGAUUUUUUCUUUGGUGGUGGUCCUUUAUCAGAUGACAAACCUAUCAAGUCUGCCAAACAAGUCAGUACAGGACCAGGACAAGGAAAAGUAUCAAGAGUAACUGGCCGACUACAGUUGAAGCUGUUUUAUGACGAAGAUGCUUCCAAUCUAAAUGUGACAGUUGUUGGAGCUGAAAGCUUGGCACCCAAGGAGACCACAACACCACCCAAUCCUUACGUCAGGAUUUACUUUCUCCCCGACAAAAGCAUGCAGAGCAAGAGACGAACAAAAACGGCCAUGAAGUCUACCAAUCCUAAAUGGAAUCAGACGUUUGUGUAUCCGUGUAGGCCACAAAAGUUCAGUAAUCGUGCUCUGGAAGUCACUGUUUGGGAUUACGACAAAGUCGGGUCAAGUGAGUUUAUUGGCGAGGUAAGGAACAUGUUGUUUUCGUUUUCUUUGUUUUUGUUUUUCGAAGCGGGAAAGCAAAACACCGCUAGCAAACAAAUAAACAAACAUAAAAUAUGACAAUUUUUUUUUGGCUAUUCUUGUUCCUGAAUAGCUUUGCCAUCUGAACAUAGUUAAUAGAGGGGAAUGGUUAUGAAACCCGACAAGUUCUUUGUUGUAUGUUUUUGUUCUCCUUUUUGGCCUUGACCGUGCACAAAACACAAUAGUAAUAAAUUCCCACUGGGAGCCCUCACUCCCAAACGCCCCAGGCAAGGAUAAGAUAUGGGAAGAAGCGAGCCCGGAGGCGAAAAGGAG